CAAUAAUUACAUCCUGCCUUCGAAGCAACCGGAAACAACACAAAAUGUCUGCACCAAGAAGAGCUGCCCCUCCUCCGCCAAGUCGACCAGGACAAGUGCAAGUGGUUCGCGCUCUGUACAGAUACGAAGCACAACAGAAAGAUGAAUUAAGCUUUGAAGAAGGCGACGUUUUAUACAUCAUACACAAGGCCGAAGAAGGAUGGUGGCAGGCUAGAGUUAAAAACAAAGUUGGUUUGAUACCAUCAAAUUAUGUUGAAGCUCACACCGAAUCUGUUGAGAACCCACUUCAUGAGGCUGCAAAACGAGGGAAUGUAAACUUUUUAAAUGAGUGUCUAGGAAAUAAAGUAUCUGUGAAUGGGUUAGACAAAGCAGGAUGCACGCCACUUCAUUGGGCUGCACAAGGUGGUCAUGCAGAGUGUGUGAGCAUACUUUUACAGCAAAGCAGAAUUCAAAUAAAUGUUCAGAAUAAACUUGGAGACACACCUUUACAUUCUGCCUCAUGGAAGGGGCAUCCUGAAAUUGUGAAAAUGCUUUUAGACAAAGGUGGUGAUACAAAAAUCAAAAACAAUGACAAGAGAACUCCAUAUGAUCUUGCUAAAAAUCCAGAAUGUGGUCGAUUGUUGCGGGGAGCCAUAGCUACUGGUGCAGAUGAUGAUUAUGGAGAUGAUGAUGACUCUGACUAAUGAAAUGCAAAUGCCACAGAUGUUGAAU